AUGUCUCAUCAUUUCAUGAUCAUAUUCAUAUUUCUUCUCCUCAUUCCAUUUUCUCAUUCAACCUCAAGAAAUAUCAACAAUCUUCGGUUCGACGACGACAUCGAACCGGUUCAUAAUGCCUUAGAAGGAAUCACAAGAGCCAUAGAGUGGUCUCGAGCAUUUCCAUCCCUACAAGGUUCUUCGGCUCGCGAAACCGAUUUGGCUAUUGCUGAUUGUAUCAAGUUAUAUGAAGAUUCUAGGCCGCGAAUUGCCAGCUUGACAUUGUUUUCAGAUCGAGAUGAUGCCUUAACGUGGUUGAGUGCUGCCUUGGCUAGCCAUAGGACUUGUUUGGAUGGGUUCGAAGAGAAUUUACGUUUGUUGGUUGAAAAGACGGUCAUGGGGAACAACUUGACAUCGGCGUUGGAGAAGGCGUUGGAGUUUUGUGAGAGUAGAGCUAAAUGGAAAGGUGUGAAAACUAGACCUGGCUCGGACCGAGACAAGGGAAUUUUGUCAACAUGGAACUUUGCAACUUCAAAGGCCGACAUUGUUGUGGCCAAGGAUGGCUCUGGCGACUAUAUCACCAUUAACAUGGCUUUAGCGACUCUAGCCAUAAUGAGUCGCAACAUAUCUUCAACCACAAGGUUAGUGGUUCAUGUAAAAGCCGGAGUUUACAAUGAAAAAGUAGAGAUAAAUAGUAACAUGAGAAACAUUAUGUUUGUCGGAGAUGGCAUGGACCUCACAAUCAUAACCGGAAAUCGCAAUUUUAAUGACGGGGCCACCACCAUCACCUCGGCCACAUUUGGAGUUUCGGGUGAUGGAUUUUGGGCGAGGGACAUGACAUUUGAGAACACGGCUGGUCCAACAAAAUAUCAAGCGGUAGCACUUAGAGUCGAAUCCGACCUAGCUGUUUUCUAUCGAUGUAGCAUCAAAGGAUAUCAAGACACACUCUUCACCCACUCCCUCCGUCAAUUCUAUCGCGAUUGUCACAUUUAUGGUACCAUCGACUUCAUAUUUGGAAACUCCGCCACGGUUUUCCAAAAUUGCGACAUAUUAUUAAGGAAGCCGUUGGACAACCAAGAAAACGUAAUCACAGCCCAAGGGAGAGACAAUCCGAUAGAAAACACAGGGAUCUCAAUACUAAACUCAAGGGUCAGACCGUCCCUGGAAUUCAUGCCCUUCCAAGCCCGAUUCAAGAGUUAUUUAGGCCGGCCUUGGAAAAUGUAUUCGAGGACGGUUUUUGUGAAGACAUACAUGGAUGGCGUGAUCGAUCCCAGGGGAUGGACCGAAUGGAUUGGGAAUUUUGGACUUUCAACAUUGUAUUAUGGAGAGUACAUGAAUAUAGGUAAUGGGUCUAAUACUUUGGGGCGAGUAAAAUGGCCGGGUUAUCAUGUGAUAAAGGAUGAUAAACAAGCGAGUUUUUUUGACGUGAAGAAUUUUAUAAACGGGGAUUCGUGGAUUCCAGCAACCGGAGUUCCAUUUUCGUCUGAAAUUUGA